CACAUAGCAAAAACCUGAAGAGAAGCACCUGAUACCUGUUCAAACACCUGGUCAAGUGAUUUAACAUCUUAAUCUGGAUGUGGAAAAAUCCCGAGUGAAAUGGAGUCUGAUAUUUAUCCAUCACACUUGACAAGGAACAGAAGCAUAACCCCUCCCCCCAACAUGUAUGAACUGAGGAUUGUUCUACUGGGGAAGAAAGGCCUCAACAGCAGAGUGGGAAACUUCAUCCUGGGCAGAGAUGUGUUUGAUACUAAAGUUCCUCCUCCUUCACUAGAGCAGCUCAGUGAGAGGGCCAGAGAAAAUGUGGGGGGAAGAAACAUCACCCUCAUCAACACUCCACACCUGUUUGACCCCUGUCUCUCACUGGAUCAGCUCACAGUUCAGGUUAAAGAGUGCAUGUCUCUGUGUGCUCCUGGACCUCAUGUUAUAGUGCUGGUUAUACAGCCAGAUGACUUCACAGAGACAGACAGAGACCGACUGUAUCACAUCCUCUACUCUCUGUCUGAUGAGCCUCAUAAAUACACCCUGAUAUUAACAACACAAACUCUGCAGUCAGGCUCCAGUGACACGGACUCUGUUCAGGAGAAAAUGAUAAAGGAGACCAUCGCUAAAUACAGCAACAGUCACAUCAACUUAAAGAGAGGAUAUAAUCGUACUGCUCUCUUGAAGAUGAUGCAGAAGAUGGUCAAACAGAAUGGAGGGAGUCACCUUAUCUGGGAGUCUCAGUGUGCAGCAAAACCUGUGUCCGAUGUGUCUGCCUCCACUUCUAAGACACAGAAACUGAACUUUGUGCUGUGUGGAAGGGAUAGAGUAGUAAAGGUCUCCUUAUCAGACCUCUUGCUGGACAAAAAGACUUCUAAACAUCAACUUGGCCAGAGAGAGCUCAGUCCAGAGUCCAGCUCAGUGUGUGUGAGGAGGGAGGGAGAAGUGUGUGGACGUCUGGUCACUCUGGUGGAGAUGCCGGCUCUUUACAACACCCAGCUCUCAGAGGAGGAAGUGAUGCAAGAGACUCACCGCUGUGUCUCUCUCUGUGAUCCUGGAGUUCAUGCUUUUCUCCUCAUCAUUCCUGUUGGUCCUCUCACUGAUGAAGACAAAGGAGAAAUGGAGAAGAUCCAGAGAAUCUUCAGCUCAAGGGUGAACGAGCACACCAUAGUCCUGUUCACAACCGAGUGGAACACUGACAAAAGAGCUGCAGUUGAGUUUGUAGAGCAAAGUUUAGAAACAAAGCAAAUUCUCAGGUUGUGUGAAGGCCGAUAUAAAAUUUUGGAGAAAAUGAAAAAUGGAAACCUGAAAUCGGUGCCAGCACUUCUUGAUGAAGUAGUGAAGAUGGUACCCAGCAGCAAGUAUUAUUCACCCUGCAAAGCCCAGAGAGGUGGAUGUAGACCACAGGGUGAAUGUGAAGAUCAAACGAACACAGUCAGAAAACUGAAAACAAAAGAACAAACAUGUGAUGCAGCCUCUGGCUCUGAGUGUCUGAGGAUAGUUCUAAUUGGGAAAACUGGGAAUGGGAAGAGCUCAACAGGGAACACAAUUUUAGGAAGAAAUGAAUUCAAAUCCAGUGUUAGCAUGACCUCUGUGACCACAAAGUGUCAGAAGACUUUUGGUAAAGUUCUGGGAAAAUCUGUUUCUGUGGUUGAUACUCCAGGCCUCUUUGACACCACACUCUCAAGUGAAGAAGUAACACAAGAAAUUGUGGAGUGUAUCAAGCUGUCGACCCCUGGGCCUCAUGCUUUCAUCAUUGUGUUGAGUGUUGGAAGGAUUACAAAGGAGGAGAUGGACACUUUGGAUCUAAUCAAGGACAUUUUUGGCCCUGAGGCUGCUGAGUUCAGCAUAGUUCUCUUCACCAGAGGAGAUGAUCUGGGAAACGAGACGAUUGAAGAGUACAUCACAAGAAGUGGUCAUGCAGACAUGAAUAAGCUAAUCCUGGACUGUGGCGGCAGAGUUCACAUGUUUAAUAACAAAGACGAACAGGACCACACCCAAGUGAGUGGCCUACUCAGAAAGAUUGAAGAAAUGAUACACUUUGACAGGAACAAUUACUUUACGAACAAUAUGCUGAAGGUGGCAGAGAGGACCAUACAGCGGAAAAAAGAGGAGAUACUGAGAAAGAAGGAGAAAGAGAUUCAGGAAGGAGAAGCAGCUCUGAAGACUCAAUAUGAGAAAGAGCUGGAAGAGCAGGAGUUACAUAUGAAGAGUGAAAGAGAGCAGGUGGAAGAAGAUCGACGUCAAAGGGAAAAAGAGUUUGAGGAGAGGGAAGGAUCUCUGAGACAAGAGCAUAAGAUGAAAGAAGAGAAGAAAUAUAGACAGAGUACAGAGGAGAAAGCACAUUUUGAAAAAGAACAAUGGGAAGAAGGAAAACAGAUAGAACAUGAAAUGGAGUGGACGCAGCAGACAAGAGGUAGAGAGAAGGAACGCAGGAGUACUUUCCUGAGACCUUCUGAAAAACUGAGAGAACCAGGAGAAAAUCUGAAACAAAUUAUAGCAAAGUUUGAAAGGAAUAUUGAGCAAGGCAGAAUUCAAAUACAGCCGGAGAGAAAACAGUACAAAAGGGUAGAAAGCAUGGAACAAGAAAGGGGAGAGAGAGAACACAAGGAGAGCGAAUUACAGAUGAUAAAGAAGUUUGAGGAACUAGGAAAAGAGAGAAAAGUCUGUGUAGACGAUGAAAGAAGUGAAAAGGAAAGAAAAAUGCUGGAGGAUCUAGAGCUGGAGAGAGAAUGGCAGGAGGAGCUGAGAAAGAGAGAAGCAGAGGACAGAGCGAGAAGAGAGAAAGAGGAGAAAGAGCGUGAGGAAAUGAAGAAGGAGUUUGAGAAAAGAAUGAAUGAACUGAAGACCAAAUAUGAGGAGGAAGCCAGAGAGCAGGCUGAGCUGCUUAAUGAUGUACAAACCCACUUUGAAAAUGAAAUAUCAGAACUGAUGGAAAAGCACCGAGUUAAACGGAGAGAAAAAACACCCAGAUCGAGCAUGAGUGAAACGCCUGAGAAAGACGUUAAAAAAGGCCAAUGUGUUCUGCUCUAAAGUCUUCAGAGACGAGAAUGUAGACAACAGAAUCGAGAAUGAAACAAUUUAUUUAAAAUAUUACUGGACUGUAAACCUUAUGUUACUGUACUUUCUAUUUGCUGUUAUUUUGAAGAAAAAAAAUCAUAUAAACACUGGAAAAACACAAAAACAAAACAAAAAAAAACAAACAAACUUUUUUUAAACUACCACUUCAGGCAUUCACUCACUCAUGUAUACUGAUGCAUUCCUGUGAGCUUCCUAUGCCAGUUACAUACACACACAGUCUAUUAUGAAAUAUGCACAGUAGAUGCUGCUUAUUAAUUAUAUUUAAUACUUACUUAUUAACAUUAUGCAUUUUCAUUUAUUUAAACAUUGACUACCUCACUGUUUGGCCAAAACAAUGUUCUGUGAAAACAGUGCAUAAUAUAAUUUAUUUUUAAUUUUAAUAAGCACAAUGUUCUUUGUUAUAGCCAGCUUGUGUUACCAGGCCCUGUUGAUCAGCGGACUGUCAAGGAUUUUAGACAUGAGGUUGCACAAAAGGGGGUGGGGGUACACUGAGGGGUGAUACUGCUUAAUUACAGGACACCAUUGGUUUUGUGUAACAUCUAAUUUGUAUUCUUUCUCAAAAUUACUUUAUAAUCUGUUAAAUGCAGUAAUUUGUUUAAUUAAUUUAUACGCACUUUAGUAAUCAGAUACUGAGAAAAAUCUGGGUCCACAUGAGUCAAAUCGGAUUAAUGCUGUGUUGUCAUGUGUAGCUCCCAACCUGUCCACUAGACCUGUCUUCCUCCCCUAAAUAUUAACCGCUGCCUCAGCAAUGAUUCAAUCACGUAUACAUCUCCUUUCCCCCUCAUCAGCUUUCUUACUAAAACUCUCCCCUCUUAUUAAAGCAUUAUUAGUGUCUUACUGGCAUCCUGAGCCUUUUCUCCUGUGAAUCAACUGUUUUUUUUAUCUUGGAUACAAUUUUUUUAUCAUUAUUUAAUUUUGGAUUUUACUGCCAUAAAUUUUUGUGUGUUUUGGGCCUCCGAAUCUUGCUUUUUUGUUCCUAACAAAGCCUGAUCAAUACAAAUCCAUGUAAAUGCGCUCAUUGUGUGAAAAUGUAGUGGAAUGAAACCUCUUUAACUCUAACUCUUAACUUUAUUAACAAAAACCGUUUCAAGAAAAUUACCGUUUGUAUUUUUUUAACAGUUGCAGUCUACUCUAUAGUUAUGGUAGCAACGUGUUCCCUGGGUGUCUAAAAGGCUGGCUGCUGCAGUGCAACACAGAAUUUGUUGUUUUUGAACAGAAAGCUUGUAGAGACCUCAGUGAGAAUAAAACUGUGAUUUGAACCGUUCUUGUAUGUUUCACUGGCUGUGUUUUCAUACAAAGAUUUUCGGAUUACAGAUUGAGACUGAGGUGUUUAUUCUGCCUCUGCUCAACAAUCUGAUGAAAAUCUUCGUUUACGUGCCCACUAGAAGUAAUCAGAUGCAGAAUGCCGCGCAUGCGGAGCAGCGCUGAGAGUGAACGUUACCAUGACAGCGAGCAUCACGUGAGGUCCAGUCCGCGUGAGAUGAGUUUCCAGUUGGCGCGCUUGUGUUUUUAAUGGCUUUAAACUGACGUCAGACUCAGAGAAACGUCCUUCACGUGCACUUAUAAAGGAAGACGUCGUGCACUGAGACUCAUAAGCUGGCCGUCCGUCCCGCCGCCGUCUUUUAAAGCUCAGAGUAUAAACCUCGUCUCCUCUGCUGACCAGCUUCAGCUCCGCCAUGCUGACCGGUAUAAACCUUUCGCUAUGACGCGCCGCGCAUGCGCAGAAUCAGAGUGUAAUCCGAUUCAGGCG